AUGGAACUAGCUGGAAGUCCUAAGGUGAUCAGUGUGUACCUUGUUGUACAAACCUUAACUCUAUUACAGACAUGCUACUCUCAGUGCUUCGACCCAACAUCUUUGAUCAUUUACAAUUAUGAAAAUUCUGUACCCGAUUUCAACCUUUUGACAAAUGCUGAAAUGGGAAUGUGUAAGAUGGUCUGUAACAAAUUUGAGCUGUGUCUCUCUGUGGAUUGGAUACGUGAAAAAAAGACUUGCCGGCUAAACACAAGAUUUGCCAUCAAAAAUGGCACUAGCCUAAUGACCGAGGGCCGCAUCAUUCAUGUUGACCGUGAAAAUUUUCCAAAGCACCUGGCGGCCGAUUGUCCCAUGCAUAUCUGCACCGAGGAUGCAAUCUGCCUUCGGGGUAACUGUGUGCCUGUUUUAAAAGAAAAGGUAUAUAAAGACUGUUCAGAUAUUGUGAAAAGAGACCCAAGCAAGAAAGGACAAAAUGGGGUAUAUGUUAUUUAUCCAGACACCGGCCGGAGAGAGGUUUUCUGUGACAUGACGACAGAUGGAGGCGGGUGGACGAUGCAGGAGAAGUUCUGA